CAUGAGCACUGUGGAACUCUCAACUACGCGGAACAAAUUUUGGGUGCAAACGGCAAACGAACAAAUAAAACCAAAUACACAAAGUAUUUACCAAAGUAUUGACUAACUAGUAGCUUUUGUAUUUGGACUAUUCUAAAGGCAAAGUGAAAACAAAAGUGCCACUUAACCAAUAAAAAGUGCUUAUAAUUGUGGGCGUUACGAAAUUGCAUGAAAUUGCAAAAUUGCAGCCUCAAGAAAUUUUCAUUGCAGACCAACAAUUGCCUAUAAAUAGCCCAAAAGAAACAGUAAAUACACCGACACAAACCGGAGCCUCUCUAUGCAUAUUACAUACUAUACAGACAAUAGAUCUUAGAGUGCAAGUCCCGCAACAAACAUCCAGAAAAUCGCACACAAGUAAUUUAAAUAUUUGAAAAGCAUUAUGGAUAAUUGGAACGUUUUGGCAGCGCAAACCUCAUCCCAGGCCAUUGGACGAGAUGAUCUCAAUGCGGUGGUCAAGACGCGUCUGACGAUUGAGAAGCUGCCCGACAAGGUGCUGUUGCACAUAUUUUCAUAUCUGUCGCAUCGGGAGAUUUGUCGCCUGGCCCGCAUCUGUCGUCGCUGGCGUAAGAUCGCCUACGACACGCGCUUGUGGAAGAAUGUAUCGCUGCGACCGGAGGUUUCUGGCCUGCACGUCGGCUCUCUGGAGAUGCUGCUCUCUUUAAUUUCGGUAAGAUUUGGACCGACGCUGCGCUACAUCGAGCUGCCCAUUGAGCUUAUCACGCACACGGUGCUGCACGAGCUGUCGGCUAAGUGUCCAAAUCUAACCCACAUGCUGCUGGACUUCUCUACAGCCAUGCAAUUGCAUGACUUCAGCGAGAUGCAGGCGUUUCCCACCAAACUGCGCUACAUGUGCAUUUGCUUGUCUGAGGUGAUCUUCAUGGAGGGCUUCAUGCGCAAAAUCUAUAAUUUUAUCAAUGGUCUAGAGGUGCUACACUUGGUUGGCACCUAUGAGAAGUGCGAGGAGGAGGAGGAGGAAAUUUACGAAGUCAUUAAUGUGCACAGACUUAAAUCGGCCACGCCCAAUUUGCGCGUCAUCAAUUUGUAUGGCAUUAAUUUUAUAGACGACUCGCACAUUGAUGCCUUCAGCUCCAACUGCAUACAGUUAGAGUGCCUGGCUGUUAACUUUUGCAAUAAGGUCACCGGCUCCACGCUGAAGACGUUGGUACAGCGCUCGAAGCGAUUGACCUGCCUGCUCAUGAAUGGCACGAGCUUAAAAUCAGAGUUUGUAAUGCAGGUGGAAUGGGAUAAGUGCGCGCUACAGGAGCUGGACAUUACGGCUACCGAUUUGACCAGCGAAUGCCUGGUAGACAUGUUAACGCGUAUACCCAAUCUUAAGUUUCUAUCUGCCGGCCAAAUCAAUGGAUUCAAUGAUACCGUGUUGAAGCAAUGGAUGGAACAGGGCAACACCAGAUCCCUCAACUCCUUGGACUUGGACUCCUCGGAUAACAUAACAGACGAAGGCAUGCUAAAGUUUCUGCAGCGCCAUGGCCAUCAGCUGAGCGCGUGCUGCCUAUCUGGCAUGCCACACAUUACAGAUCAGCUCUGGAUGAGCAUACUGCCCAUGUUGGGUAACUGCAAAAUAAUAGUUAUGGGCACGGCUGAGAAACUGGGCGUCAAUAUACACGUCGAUCAGCUGAUGGACACCAUUGCAUCCAACUGUGGAAAUUUGGAGCGUCUGGAGCUGCGUUGGGACCCGGACAACUUGCGUUUCUCCGACAAGAGCCAAAAGGCUAUUGAUAUAUUGCGCGUUAAGUGCCUAAAGCUGCGCUGCAUGGUUUUAAGCGAUGGUCGUUAUUAUGAAACCGUGAAGGCCAACUUUGAACGCGCCGACCGUAUCACGGUGGUGCGCACCACCACCUGCUGUCGUGUCUCGCCAUAUCAUUUGUUGCGCAAUUAUAACGACUUGGUGUUUAACUAAAUAGCGAGUGGCAUUAAAAUAAAUGUUUUAUGUUAAACUGUUGUUGUAUCCUUAUAUUCCAUACCGAACUGGAGCGAGCAAAUGUCCCAAAAAAGAAUGAAGCGCAAAUGUUCAUAACGCACAUUUAAAACAAAAUUUGUUUGGUUUAAGGCAAUCUGUAUUUUAGUUAGCAUGCUGCAAUACAAAAUACUUGACAUGUUACAUAUGCAUCUGUUCUAUAUACAAAUUUGAUACAAAUCGCUGACUUUUAUACAUAAGCUGCCUUAGAAGUUUUCAUUCAAUAAGCCACUUUAUAAAUUGCGUUGAUUUCUCAAAAAAAAAAAAAAGUAAACAAAAUUUAAGAUGUUUAGAUAAACUAUGAAUCCA